AACUUUCCAUUCAAAUAUUGCACCAAUUGCAAAAGUAGUGUUUUCCCAACAUGAAAUAAAAAUAGAUGCACAAGACAUUGAACACAUAAGCUAUCUUUUCUGUCCAUUUGGUGCAUUUGUUUGGCUUUUCCAAAUCUACCAAUCUAUGGGUCACACAUUGUAAUAUCUUACUGGUUGGAUGUUUCUGAGUGCCCAAAAAUAGUUGGACAACAAGUUUUAGCAAGGCCCACUCAUUCAAUGGUUGGGAUCAUAAUGUGGGGUAAUUUGAAGAUAAUUCUCAUGUUUGAAAUGUCCAUGCCAUAUUUCCCAUUUUACUCCAGUGUUACAAACUUGAGAUUUAAAACUUUCUGAAAGAAAGUUGAUAAUUGAAUACUAUCUGUUUUGGAGGCUAUAUAUUGCGGAUUUUGUUCAGGCCAUGACUGUCCAACAGGUUUGAGGCACCUAUGGAUCUAAAGAAAGAGCGGGAAAGAUUAAUAUUUGAACAAAAGUAUGGGGAAGCAUUCACUUCAGCCCAUGAAUUGUUGGAUGUUUAUUUGGUUUUUAGAUAAUGCAGAUUUUGCUUAGUUUUUCAGAGUUUAUAAUUGAGAGGAUGAGCAUGUGCUCUUGAAGAAGCUUUUCAUUGGGGUACUGAUUAUCUUCUCAAAGCUACUGCUCAUCAAAACACCAUAUAUGUGCAGUUGGGAGUUUUGUCUAUGGUGGCACAAAAACAAAGAGCAAAUCUGGGACUGGACCUGAGUCAGCAAUGGAAUUUGAACAUCCGACAAGUUGGGGGAGUUGAGACUGUUACUCUUGGAGAUGAUGAAGCCCAUGCUAGAGGUUGUCAGAAAAGCAUUCUUGUUAGAAAAGCUCCUCCAACCUUCCAUUUUCUGAUUGAAAUGAGGGAAAGGAAAUAUUGGGUCACGCAUCGGACUGAAAGGAGUGUUGAUAUGUUGCUCCAUGGUAAAAAGCCCUUGGUUGAGGAAUGCAGAUUCACCUUGGUUGACUGAUGAGUCAAAACUUGAUCAUGGGUAUAAGUGAAGGCACAGUUACUAAUUGUUGUAUUGAUUCCCAUUAAUAAGGAGAUUGAUAAAUCAUAAACACACCUUAAACACGUAAGGUUGUCCCUGAACAAAUUUCUCAGGCCAACAUCACAUUUUUGCCUUAUUUUCUAUGUCCUUCAUUAGACUGAUGCCUAAGUCAUAAUAUGAUGAAAUAUAUUACAUAACAGGUGUAUAUCAGGAAGAAUAUGAUCAAAUAUAUUGUAACAGGUGUAUAUUGGGUAUAUAUCAAGAAUUUUGUGUUGGA